AUGUCUGCAUUGCCGGGGUCCUCGAAAUUCAGUCACCUUCCCCGAGCUACGUCGGGGCCUCUGGUGUGUCCGUACGAGGGAAGAGAUGUUCUACAGUCAAGCCAGUUCAAUAAAGGCUCUGCAUUUACGGAAGAAGAGCGCAGAUCAUUCAAACUUCAUGGCCUCCUGCCUCCCAACAUCCAAACACUGGAAGAACAGGUUCAGCGGGCAUACGAACAAUAUAGUAGUCGAGACAAUGACCUGGCCAAGAACACAUUUAUGGCUAGCAUGAAGGUACAGAAUGAGGUUCUGUAUUAUAAGUUGAUUGACACACAUCUCAAAGAGAUGCUCAGCAUCAUAUACACCCCUACAGAAGGCGACGCGAUACAAAAUUAUUCUCGUCUUUUCCGGAAACCAGAGGGUUGUUUUCUCAAUAUCAGAGACCAGGACAGAAUUGAAGAGUGCCUAUCCAACUUCGGCGGCGGUGAAGAAGUCGAUUAUAUAGUUGUCAGUGAUGGCGAAGAGAUUCUAGGGAUUGGGGACCAAGGUGUAGGCGCCAUAUUGAUCUCGGUUGCCAAGUUGGCUCUCACAACCCUGUGUGCCGGAAUUCAUCCAGCGAGACAAUUACCCGUGGUCCUAGACUGCGGAACAGAUAAUGAAUCGCUUCUAAAGGACGAGCUAUAUUUAGGCCUGCGACAGUCGCGUGCCAGAGGCAAAGAAUAUGACCAGUUUGUGGAAAAUUUUGUAGCAACCGCCCGAAAGAUGUUUCCACGCGCGUACAUACACUUUGAGGACUUUGGCCUCCAUAACGCUAAGAGGAUAUUGGAAAAGUUCCAGCCGCAUGUCCCGUGUUUCAAUGACGACAUUCAAGGAACAGGCUGCGUUACGCUGGCUGCCUUGUUGUCCGGUUUCCACGUGAGUGAUGUUAAGUUGGAAGACGUGCGUGUAGUCAUCUUCGGAUCUGGAUCAGCGGGCACUGGCAUUGCGGAGCAGCUCGCCGACACUAUCGCAACUGAGACAGACAAAUCCAAAGAAGAAGCUUCGAAGCAGAUAUGGUGUCUCGAUAAACCGGGCCUUCUGCUCAAAUCCCUUGGGGAUCAGUUGACGCCAGCGCAGGUCCCUUACGCGCGGGACGACGAUGAUUGGCCUGGUGAAGGACCGCCCGAUCUGCUCUCUGUGGUGAAGAAGGUGAAGCCUCAUGCUCUGAUUGGGACCUCCACCAAGCCAAAGUCAUUCACUGAAGACGUUAUCCGGGAGAUGGCCAAACAUGUGGAGCAACCGAUUGUAUUCCCCCUCAGCAACCCGACCCGCUUGCACGAAGCACAGCCAGAGGACAUCAAUCAAUGGACUGAUGGGCGAGCUCUGAUCGCCACUGGAAGCCCCUUCCCCCCGGUUGAUCGCAACGGCGUAAAGUACAAGAUAGCGGAGUGUAACAACUCGACUUGUUUCCCCGGAAUCGGACUGGGAGCAGUUCUGUCGCGAACACGAACUAUAUCGAACAAGAUGCUUGUGGGCGCGGUCAAAGCAUUGGCAGCGCGGUCGCCGGCAUUGCAGGAUCCCAACGGACCUCUUUUACCUGAUGUUGGGGAUGUCCGGGAGCUUAGCAUAGACAUCGCCAAAGCCAUUAUCAAAACCGCGGUCAAGGAAGGGUCUGCCGAGGAGGAAGGUAUCCCCACGGAUGAGGAUGAGUUGGAUGAGUGGAUUCGAGCGCAGAUGUGGGAGCCGGUGUACCGACCCCUUGUAAAACCACAAUAG